AUGACCGACAUAUGUUUAGUAAAUCUUCCUGUCGAAAUACUUUAUCGUAUUUUGGAUAAAUGUAAUACUAAAACGAUUUUACUUUCUGUUCGUCGUAUUUGCAAGAGGUUAAAUAAGAUCGUACACCAGUAUGAUCGAUUCGAAUUGAGACUUGAUGAAUAUGACGAGAAAAAUAUUAAUUUAAUCUCUAAUUUUGGUCUUGAAAGUGCUAUUGAUUCAUUAGAAAUUUCACCACCUCACAGGUUCAAGAGAGAUUGGGAACUUUCCAAUCGUUUUUAUAAGAUUUUUCAAUGUUCAAGAGUUCGACAUUUGACUAUUUACUUUUCUGAGAAUGAAAACAUUCAUAUUUUAAAUAAUUUAUGUCUCGAACGAUUGAUAUCACUUAAAAUUACUAUAUGUGGUGGUCAGACUGUUGAAAUGUUUGCUCAUAUUUCAUCAAUUCUUAAAAAAAUUAAUAUUGAAAAAAUCGAAUGGACUUAUUUACAUUAUAAAAUUAAAGAUAUGCCAUGGCCUAUUCAAUGGAAAUUGAAAUAUUUGAGAAUUUAUAGUUGUCUCUAUAAUGAAUUUAUAAUAAUUCUUAAUCAAUUACCUUAUCUAACAACAUUUCGAUUAAUAGACUACGUAAAAAAUGCCAAUUGUAUGGAUAUAUUAUCAUUUAAUUCUUUUGUUAGUUUAUCAUUGACAUCAUUAUCGAUUGGUGAUUGUUCACUUUCAAUGGAAUAUCUCAAAUCUAUUAUUUCAAAUUUGCAUAAACUUCGUCAUCUUCGAAUAAAUUUUAAAAAGAAAACUUUUCAAUCUAUUGAUGAAAUUAUUGAUUGGGAAUAUUUUAUUAGAACGGAAGAAUUUUUCUUAAUUCAAUGUCAAUUUCGUUUUUCUUUUGAAAUGCCAAAAACUGAUUGGCCUAAUCUUGAAGAAUUUAUUAUUCCAUUUCAAAAACCAUUUUGGCUCAAUGAAAAACAUUGGUUUGUUACUUGUGAAUAUAUCAUUAAAAUACCAGCUAUGAUCAUACUUUUUACAAUACCAAUUAGUUAUCAAUUUCAUGAGUAUGGAGAAACUGUAUUAGGAAUUUCGUCAAAUAUUGAUACUUAUUAUCUAACUAAACGAAGAGAUGGAAUAUCUGUUAAUACUAUUUUAGAUCAAGUAUGUAAAAUAUUCUUUUUGUUUAUAUUGAUCACUAGAAUUCUAUUUUUCCUUUCAAUACUCGUCUUCUUUCUCACUUAAUUAAUAACUAUUUCGAUAAAAAUUGUUUCAUUAACCAACUUUCUGUCAUAUGUAAUCAAACAAAAAAAAUGUCCUAAGGAUCUAUAUAUAUAUAUAUAUAUAUAUAUAUAUCAUGCUCUUUAUUCAUAUAACAUUCUAUAUGAUUGAAAAGAAUAGCUCAUAAAUAACAUACGAAAUAAUAUUAUAUAAUUAAUAAUAUAUUUCACAAAUAUUUUAUAAAUACUUUUCAUAUUUCUUCAUAGAAAAGUUCUAUCGAUAUUCAUAGAUAAAUUUUGAACAUUAGAAUAAUAUUUAUUAUUAUUAUUUAAUAUUAAAAAUCUAUUUAAAUAAAAUAAGUAUUAUCAAUGAAAUAUAUGUUAAUUUAUAAUUUUUUAGACACUCGACGAAUGGAAUUUUACUUGUAUGCUAAUUGGAUCUAAAGGGGUACAGUAUUUUGCACA